UGGGAAAAUCCGUUGUUAACAAGCAGGGACAAGUUUGUUGGGAAAAAGAUCCACCAGUGAUGAUAAUGCUACUACUGUGUUAUCGCUGGAUAUCUGCAAACCUUUCAGGGGAAUCGUGAUUUUGCACACAAAAGGGUAGCUAUGGCUGCGCGCUGCUAACACGCUCAAAUAGGCUGGAUUUUUAUUCUUCUUUUUUCAUUGAAGAUAAAAGUAGUAAAGUUUAUUUUAAAUUUCACAGUAUUAAAAAAUUGAAUAGGAAAUCUCUCUAUCGAAAAUUCGUGUGUUAAGAAUUGGUUUAUUCAACGAAUGCCAUCAAUUUUAUUUUCAGUUUUAAAUCAUGUCCUUACCUUGUUAUGUGUGUUUUCUUGUUUUAUGGGCACUUUAAAUAUACAAGAACUUAUCUUAUAUACACAAAAAGACACCACUAUAAUGUCUGAAAGGGCACAUAAAUCUAUGACAAUGAAUAAUUACACAUUAAAUGAUAUGGUUACACUGUCCUGGGAAAUGUUGAAGAAGGAAUGGCAAAAAAAUGGCCCUACAUCAUCUUUUCUUGUGGAGUUUUCAAAUGAUGUUAAAAAUAGAAGUCAAUUGCAAAGUCACAGUGUUUAUUUUAUUGCUGGUGCAGCUCUUUUGUUCACAAUUCAUAGAUACAUAUAUACAGCAACUGUACUAAAGCCUCUUGGUAGAUACUUCAAUUUCACAACGAAAGACCAAACGAAACUCCUUGAAAGUGGUUCAAAGAUAUUAUAUUAUUCAGCGUUCUUUAUGUUUGAAUACUACCUUGUGAAUUUUAAAUAUCCUGACUAUAUCAACAAUCCAGUAACACAAUGGCAAGGAUGGUACCAAGAAAUGAAUAUUCCAGACGAUAUCUUCUACUUAUAUAUGCUCGAAGCUGGGUUUUAUUUCCAUUCAAUUUAUGCCACUCUUUUUAUGGAUGUAUGGAGAAAGGAUUCAAUCGCAAUGCUUCUUCAUCACAUACUGGCUAACAUGUUGAUUAUUUUUUCAUAUAUGGUUAGGUAUCACAGAAUCGGCUUAGUUGUUUUAUAUCUCCACGAUAAUGCUGAUGUUCUUCUGGAGAUUACAAAAAUAGUGUCUUUCUUUAAAAAUAAAAAAUCAACAACGUUUUUGGAAGUUUCAACUGCUGUGGGAUUUCUUUCAUUUUCUUUUUCAUGGUUUUGGUGUAGAUUGUAUGUGUAUCCGCAAGUUAUAUUAUUCUCUGCUGCAUAUCUGUCUCGCAAGACGCUAUCACAUGCACAGUUUUAUUUCUUGUUUAAUGGGAUGCUAUGGCUGUUGUUCGCCUUGAAUGUGUACUGGUUCCACUUCAUCGUAGCAUUGAUAGGACGAAUAGCAACAGGUAAAUCAGAGGAAAUAACAGACACCAGGGAGUAUGACAGCUGUACGAUGGAGACACAUUCCAAUGGCGGUUUAAAGAAGGAAGUGUCAAAUGGAAAAACAAGUAAUGGAAGUACCAAAAAAGGAAAUGGAACUGUCAAAGAGAAUGGUUCUAGUAAGCAGGGAGAUUUUGUGUUACUGCACCACAAAACUGAAACAGGUGACGAGCAUGAUACAACUCGAUUAAGACUGAGAAACUCAUAGAUAUCAUUGGUUCAAUAGUCAGUUUAAUAUCGUGGUUUCGUGGAACCUGAGAUCGAAUUUUUACCUCACAUGCACUGCAGGUUCUUCUUGUAAAAAUUAUCACCUUUGUACAUAAUUAGUAAUUUAAAACGAGGCUCUAAUAUCGCUUAAUGAUAUUAAUAAACUUGGUGACAAUUUAUCUUAUUUUAUAUAGGCACUUUCGGAUGCGCCAUUUCAGCCAAUAGUUUGAUCAAUCUUCUCUCCUUUCAUAGUCCACAACGUGGGGAUUAGUGAACACGAUAUCUCUAAUAUCUAAUAAGUUCUCUUUGAGUUUUGACAGCGGGAAUUCCACAAAUUUUGCAAUGUUGAUUUGAACAGUGAGCUCGCAUUUUUUGCGAUAUUUGAUUUUACGAUGUAAAUUUCAAUGUUUGACAUUUGUGUCACACUUUUAUGAUUACUCUUGACAUGUUUGUGGCUCUUAUGUUAUAAUAGGUCGUUCUUUCUGUAGCAGUUAAAAUACACUGCAAGAGACAAAAUCAGCUUUGUCAUCGAGAAAUUCAACAACCAGUCAGCCUUCAGACGUUAGAGAUUUUCGUUUGCCUUUUAAAUUUUUUUUUAAUCCUAACUGUGGACGUGAACAACAUGGCUUAUUUACUAAUACGGUGUUAAAAGUUUGAAUUUUUCGUCCCGUUGAUUUGUUCUAGAAACUAGACCUUAUCUGUAUGAUACCUGAAGGUAUAAUUUUUACGAUUUUUAUUUAUAACCAGUUUGUUUAUUUGAUUUGUGAACGAUUUUGGAAAGUUUUUUAUUUGUGUUAUUGACAAAACAUAAUUUAUAUAUUUCAGUAAAUGCACCAAAUUGGCCACUGCACUAUAUUUAUUCUUCUAUAGACAACUGCACUAUAUUAAAAGCUUUCACUGACCUUGCAGCGUCAAUACCAGGUGAUUGCAGACCUAAAAAAUCUUUUUUUUUAGAUUAGAUAUAUAUAAAAAUUAGUCUCGGGGGCUGAUCGGGGAUUAAAUUUUUAGCAAAGAGUUAAAUAUUCUUAAAUAUUGCUAAAACGCGCCGUUUUAUUUUGUUAUCAGUUUUUGCCACUUUGCGUCAGUUGACAUUUAAACACUGUGCUAGAAUUUUUUUUAAACUCUGGUUAGGAUAUAGGUAGCCGAAAUUUUUAUUUUUGAACUAUUUCUUACAUGUAUGUAUUUUUAUAGGUGACGUUAUGUAUUUCUGGUCCGUAUAAUAAACGGAAUUUAUAUAUUCGAAAUCCUAA